CUUGUAGCUGGAGAUUUGGAUUUAUACUUAAGAAAAUGAGGUCAUUUCAACUUAACCAUUUAUAAUAGGUACCGUAUAGACCAUGUUACGGCUGUAUUUUUAGCUGCUUAUAACCGGCAUUGAAUUUUGGAUGCGACAAAACUGAGAGAAGACAGCCCGAACAGGCAAAUAAGGAAGUUUAUGUAGGAACGGGUCGGGGCCAACGCAACUUUAUUCAUAAAUCUUCAUGCAAUCCUGUUCUUAAUUGGCACUUAUCCCUAUCCCUUCAUGAACUCAAACUUAACCCCCUGAUAUCGCGCGAAGUCUUUCUGUUUUUAUUCAAGGGUCUACGUAGUUUACGUAGUAUGGAAACUUCAAUCUCACCUGCAUCAACCCAUAAUCUACCCUUCCACCCAACCCUCACAAUUGGCAGUUCAUUAGUCGCUUAGUAUUUUGGCACUCUCCCUCUUCCAUCGCCAAAUGGGCGACAAUUCCCUCAACGUCGCAUUCCAUCGUGUAAUUCCUAGCGAUUGAUACAACAAACGAAAACGAACAGAUAAUUAAUUAGAUCGGAUGUCCGGCACACGAGCCUCGCUUUACGCCUACUCAGCUGCUACAUAGCCCCACCCGCCUUAUUGUGUCAUUAUUCUCCGAAUAGCCAAUCGCCCGAAAAACAAAGAACGACAACUAUCGAAGUCUCCGUAACCUCUAUCCUAGCAAAUCAUUCGCAUACAAAAGCAAAGCCUGUAGGAAUCCGACGAACAAUGGCAUUUCUCGAAGAUCCUCGCCUACGACAGCGAUGGAACCAAAUCUCACAUACUACCGAAACAGUUACUGAAAAUGCAGCUGCUGGUAUAUGGAGUUUCGGACAUACCUACGUCACGCCCUGUCUCUCGUCCAUUACCUCGACAUUCGACAGUUGUACGUCCGUUUGCCUAGGCGACCGCGAAGAACGAGCGCGACGAGCGAGAGAACGCCAACGGGCGCAAGGAAGAGCCGAAUACAGUUUUGACUUCUACGACGAUUGGGAUGAGGAAUUAGGAGGCGGAGACGAUGGAGGAGGCCUACUCGGAGGCUGGCGAAGCGAAGAUUGGGAUCGCUUACUCGCAGGUACGAGGAGAAGACGAGACGGAGGAGAGGUUCAAGAACAACCAAGGAGAAAGCGUGGAAUGAGUUAUGGGACACGGAAGAGGCCUAGUACCCAAGAAGACCCGACCAUUAUCCCAAGCACCGCGCCCUUAGGAUUCUUAAGUCGUCUUCCGUUCAAAAUUGGGGGAACCCUGAGAUACAAACCUAGUGCGGCGAAUCUACAGGAACACCCCGGAGCGUCGAGGACAACGCUUGACGGAGAACGUCAGCCAUUAUUAGGAGGUAGUGAGACCACACCAAUUCCACACGGAGCACCGCGACAUAGUAGGACACGAAGCGGAACAGUAGGUAGUGGGGAUACAAGUGAUUCGUACAGGUCAAGAGGUGAUCUCUUCCCAAGUGACGAGGAAGGAGAAGAGGACGCGGUACCAUUAGACGACGAAUUCACUAUUGCGCUUGAUCAUGUAGAUGAUCGUUCGAGCAAUAAGACGAAGAGUAGCAAAGGGAAGCGCAUCGCAGAUCGUAAGCUACCAAGGAGUGUCUCGAGGACGACGAUCGAUUCGACAAGACCUUCCCUACGGCACAGUCUCGGCUCAGGGUCUAUUCCACCAGAGAGCCCGGCGCUAGUUUCGGAGCCAUCUUUAGAGGAUCUACGACAAGAAGAGGAACGGCUGGAAAGGGAGGAGGACGAGGUGCUGGAGAAAAAGAGGCAAGCAGCCGCAGAACUAGCGCUCCGGCGUGGAUUAAGUCGCGAGAAUCUUCGGAUCGAGUCUGUCCCUGAAGUGAAAUCAGAAAUCCUCAGGGUAGAAAAAGUACCCAUGCCAGAACAGGCCAUUCUAGAUGAAGAUACAGACGAAGAAGGUGGUACUAAGAUUAGAUCCACAGAAGAGCACCCGCAACAGACAAUAUCAACUCCGACCACCUCUACGCCGAAGGAUCCCUCACAAGGUGGCUUUGUCCCUGCACGACUGCCAUAUUUCCGAUAAUGGCGAGGGCGCAUAUCACGAAGUUACGAUUCAAUCCGAACUAAUUAAUUAGUUUGCUACGGUUUGCAUAUUCUGCUCGCGCGUUUUGGUGCCGACCCUAUGGGGUUUAAUGGGAUCAAGAACAUGGGCUCGUAACAAGGACGCUCCACGGCAUCCUUGAUGUAUCAUGAUACUAUGCUUCUAUUUGCGAUUCAACAGCAUAUGGAGGAAGCGAGUGGCGUUCAUGAUGCAAACCACUGCUGGUUACAAAAUAGUAGCCAAGCUAUACUACUAAGUGUGCAUUAAAGCGUGUACUUUAUAGAUCCAGGAAGACUACUGGAGAUAACAGGUUAAGAAAGCAAGAACGGAGAUUUCAUAUAGAGAGCAUUCGAAGAUUCAAAGGCAUCAUUGAUUUUGGAUAGGCGGGCUAGGGUUAAUGGGAUUGAUGUAUUAUAUUGCUAUAGGAGUUCGAGCUUGGCAGCAUCGGAUAAUACCCAGAAUUUGGACAUACAGUACCUAUUCAAGACGCUACCAAUAGUAUAGAGGCUAUUGGUUUUCAAGAUGGGAAAGCAUGACGCCAAUUGUGAAGAUCAUCAAAUCCGCUGUAGCUCCAAUUCAUAACGAGAGCCGGAUGCCGAGUAUAGUUACAAUCUUGCCCCUUCCCUCC